AUGGUCAAUCUAGCCUUGAUGGACCGAGUGGUGCAUGUGGAUAAGAGCACCGGGAGGGUGCGCGUGCAGGCAGGGGCGCGCGUGGAGCAGGUGGUGGAAGCUUUAAGGCCGUAUGGACUUACUCUGCAGAACUAUGCUUCGGUGCGGGAGCAGCAGAUAGGGGGGUUCAUACAGGUGGGGGCACAUGGCACAGGAGCUGCCAUUCCCCCAGUGGACGAGCAAGUGCUGGGCAUUCACCUCGUGGGAGCACAUGGCACAGGGGCCGCCAUUCCCCCAGUGGACGAGCAAGUGCUGGCCAUUAAGCUUGUGACACCUGGCAAGGGCACGCUGCACCUGACGCCCGAAGCUGACCCGGACCUGUUUUACCUGGCUCGGUGGAAACACGUGCAAGGGGUGGUUGGGAAGGUGGUGGGGGAGGUGGAGUUGCAGGCAGUGCCGGCGCACAGGUUGAGGGAGGAGACGUUUGUUACUACCAAGGAGGAGAUUAAGAGGCAUCAUGGCCAGUGGUUACGGGACUCCCAGCAUGUGCGGUACAUGUGGAUUCCACACACGCAGGCAGUCGUGGUUGUGAGGAGCAACCCUGUCACUAACGCCACGAGUGGGAGAUCAGCAGUGCAGGGCAAGGGACCCGCCAGUGAGCCGGCGAUGGGUGAGGAUGAGAAGCUGGCUCACGUGCGAGCGCUGUACCUCGCAUCCGUUGCUGCAAGGAGAAGGUGA